AUGCCUACAUCAAAUCACGAUAAAUACGCCGCAAUCCCUCCUGAAAAACCAAGUCAAGUCUUUUGGGAGAAACGAUUGCAAGGUAUUAAAUCAGCUGAUGCCAAUAGUCUAUUUAAUCUUUCGCAAGCUAUGAAAAAGUACGGCCCUAAUUAUGAUGAUUUAGCCAUUAUUCAAGGCAUGACAGCCUUAUUAUAUCAUAAUAAAGCACCCGUUAUAGGCCAAAUUAAUCAUCUACAACUAUUACAAGCAGAUCCUCAUGUCUGGAGAGAUUCAAAUCAACCAUUAUGCCCCAAAAUUGUUAUCUCAGAAGGUGAUAUUAAAGGGCAAGAAGAUCGUGUAGCACGAACUAGGAAGAAAUUAGCUGAGAUUCUCGCUCAAUGUAAAGAAGGUUGA